AUGCAGAGGAGGAACCGACAACCACCCGGGGAUGGAGAGGGAGCCUGGGCGGUGGGAGAACAAAAAUCCCCGCCGCAGGAUCUGGCCGUGUCCCGGUCCCGAUCCGCGCUCAGACCCGGCCAUGCCCGAUGCCCGGUGCGGUACCGCUCACUCCCACCCACGGACCCUCGGAUCUUCAGCCCGGGCCGUGCCCGGUGCCGGUACCGUUCACGCCCACCCUCAGAUCCCCAGCCAGGCCGUGCCCGGUGCUCACCCCCGGUGCUCACCCCCGGCCGCUCCCGCUCCGCCGCUCCCGGCGCCGCCCAGCCCCGCCGCGCCCGCCGCUUCCGGCCCCCGCCCCGCGCGCCGGAUGUGCGCACGGCGCGGCGCGGCGGGGGGCGGGGCUUCAGGAGAGCCGCCACGCGAUUGGCGGGCGGGGGCGAAGGCGUGGCUGGCGAGGAGGAGGAGGAGGAGAAGCCGCGGCCGCCGCUUCCUGCCCGACUGCGCUACCAAAGAUGGUCACGGCUCGGGGAUGGGGCUCGGAGCCGGCGGCGGAGCUCUGCUGACACCCAGUGGGACUCUGAGACACCGCGGCGCCGCUGCUGGCCCAGGUCCCGUCGCUGCUGCGUCCUUGCAGUCCCCUGCGGCUCCCGGAUCUGCGGUGCCGAGCACGCCUGGCGCGGCCGCGCUGGCGUCCUCAGCGCCCCCUGCGGCCGUUGCCGCGGGAACCCCCCCUACCCCGGCGUUCAAGCGCAUGCAGCGCACCCCGAGCUGCCCACGGGCUCCGCGCAGGGCAGACGCCCACGGCUGAACCCGCCCCUGCCGGCGUUUGGCCGCAAUCCCCCGGUCCCGGCACGGCACCGCUUGCGCCGGGACCGGGGCGCCCCGGCCCGCCGAGCCACCCCCCCCUCCCGUGCCUACCGCCGCUCCAGCACAGCCUCCCGUGCCUGCCGCCGCUCCUGCCCAGCCCCUCCCGUGCCUGCCGCCGCUCCUGCCCAGCCCCUCCCGUGCCUGCCGCCGCUCCAGCCCAGCCCCUCCCGUGCCUGCCGCCGCUCCUGCCCAGCCCCUCCCGUGCCUGCCGCCGCUCCUGCCCAGCCUCCCGUGCCUGCCGCCGCUCCUGCCCAGCCCCUCCCGUGCCUGCCGCCGCUCCUGCCCAGCCUCCCGUGCCUGCCGCCGCUCCAGCCCAGCCUCCCGUGCCUGCCGCCGCUCCUGCCCAGCCCCGCCCGUGCCUGCCGCCGCUCCUGCCCAGCCCCUCCCGUGCCUGCCGCCGCUCCAGCCCAGCCCCUCCCGUGCCUGCCGCCGCUCCUGCCCAGCCUCCCGUGCCUGCCGCCGCUCCUGCCCAGCCUCCGGUCCGCGCCGCCCCUGCCCGCCGGGCCGGCCGCCGCCCCAGCCCCCAGCGGCUACACGCCGCGCUCCAGCCGCCGCCUCCCCCACCGCCCGCCAUGCCCCCCCCCGCAGCAGACUCCCGCCGCCUCCACGCCGCCCCUCCCGGGAUCAUCUCCCCGCCUCCCGCCACCCCGGGAUCAUCUCCCGCUGACGAGGCCGCCCCGCCGCCUCCCGUGGUCGGUUUCUCGCUCCUGCCGCCGCUCCAUGUCGGGCCGAGCCGCGUCUUCCACACCGCAGCCCCCCACUUCAGAGCUGCUGAAUGGCGCAGCUCCGCCGCCUCCUGCAACCACGGACGUCCCGGCGUUCCGGCCGCAGCCGCAGGCGCAGCCCCGGCUCCCGUUCCCGCAGCUCCGCCACCUCCCGCGCCCGCCCGCCGUGCGGCCCCCGCCCGCCAUGGUCCCCACGCUGCCCUGGUGACACAACCCACGCAUUCACGGUUGCUACAACCCCGCACCGGCGAUAUCGCUCCGCGCUGGC